CACACCGACUUCGUUCCAUUAGGCCGAGUUCCGAGUCGGUCAUUUGGUCGGAGCCCGACCGAACAUAUAUUUAUAAGUAACAACAAAAAACACAUUUACUAUGUUUCGUUUUGUGCUAUUACUAUCAGCGAUGACGAUAGCCGUCAUUGCUCAUCCCACCAGGAUGGUUCCACCUUCAGAGAUGGCUCUUAUUCUUGGUGAAGAAGAGUUUGAGGACUACUUAGACAAAUAUCUAGCUAUAGAACAAAAGAAUUGGAUUAAUGCUACUUCCUCUCCUCGCAGUGGGUGUACUUUGAGAGUCAACGGUGACUUUGGUCAACCUCAACCUGUAUAUAUCAACAGGAGGACUAAUAAUUAUUUGGCAGCCAGUGGAAACUCAGGUCAAAUACGUCUCGGUGGCGGAGAAGAAGUAAUCGUUUCCUGUCCAAACAACCAAGCCAUCCGCCAUCCGAACAUUGUAUCUACAGUCCAUACCGCUACCGCCAGGUGUGUUAGCAAUAAUUUAUUUUCUGGAGCUGGAUGGUUAAAUGGUAACAGAGCUUUUGGACAACUAACUUGUGCUGGUCACGCUUUCUACCAAGCUCAGCAGACAAGUACAAGAUGCUUCAACAACGGCGUUGUAAUUCGCGUGGGCUUUUCUGUGAACAAUCGAUUUUAUCCUCUCUACCAAUCCUGCUACAAUCAAAACCGUAUGGAAGUUUUGUACGUAUGGUACAACCAAAACGCUAACAAUGCUGUGCAUCAAAACGGAGUUGGUAGACCAAGUUGGUUAGCUGGAGGCUUCUUCCCUGGUGUCAACAUAAACAACCUUUACACACAAGCAAGUCAAAAGAGAGCUAUUGCAAGACUAGUAGGAAAUGCCUUAGCUGAUAAAUACGUUACGAACAACCAAUUCCUUGCUCGUGGUCAUCUUGCUGCUAAAAGUGACUACGUUUUCGCUACUGGACAACGUGCCACCUUCUUCUUCAUCAACGCUGCUCCCCAAUGGCAACCCUUCAAUGCCGGCAAUUGGAACAAUCUGGAACUGAACCUGCGUGCACGUAUUGGCAGAGCUGGAUAUAACACAGUAAUUUACAGUGGAACAUUUGGUGUUACCCAAUUACGCAAUUCUAACGGAAAAAUGGUAAACAUAUUUUUGGACAAUAACAGAGUUCCCGUACCUCAAUACUUCUAUAAGGUGGUAUACGAUCAAUCCAGACGUCGUGGUACAGCAUUCGUCAGUAUAAAUAAUCCUCAUUACACUCUGGCGGAAGCUCGCAAUUUGCAGUUUUGCACUGAUCGUUGUCGCAAUAACAACGCGUUCAGCUGGAUCAACUGGAGGCCUGAUCGCCUGGACCUGGGAUAUAGCUUCUGCUGCACGAUCUCCGACUUCAGAAGAGUUAUCGGUCACAUACCGAACUUCGAUGUUUCUAAUGGUCUUCUAUCUUAAAUAAUGUGAAAGACAGUAAAUGAUGUCAAUACAGUAACAUAACAUAAUUAAAUAAAGUAUUUUAUUAGUGAAUGACAAAAUUGCGUUCUAUUUCAUAAUUUAAGAUCGACACCGAAUGUAAAACAAUGUUCAAAGGGCCAUAUUCCAUUUACGAUUACGGAGAUAACGAAUAACUCUUUAGACAGUAUUAACCAUGAGUAUUAAGAUUAGAACCACAGAAAGAGAGGUUUAAAAGUAAUAAUAGGUUACUUGUUUUAUUUAUAGUGGCAUAAAAAUUUUAAAAAUUAUAUUAAGUAUAAAAAAAGUUACUCACCAAGUUAGUUACAUGAAAAUUUUUAGGUGGAAAAAUUUGCGUAUUCUAAAUUUACAGAUUCGAACUAGAUGCUUAACGUUUCCUGUUUAUCUUUUAUUAAUCUAUGUCCAUACAACGUACGAAGAUCUAUGAAUAAGAAGCUAUUAAAGUUUCGUAUGUAGUGUGACGAUUCAAACUUACAGCCUUAAGAAGCACAUUCAUAUAAAUUCAUUCAGGUCUUACAACUUGAGUUAUUUAAGUGUCUGAAAUAUUAAACAAAAUCUGUAAUAAUCUGCCUGAGCAUCAGUUCGUCAAACUAUCAUAAAUUUCAUUUUCAUUAUUCUAGUGAGAUAAGUAGUUUUAAUUUAGAUCUACUAGAGAAAGAAGCUCCAAUUAAAUUUGUUAAAUGAGUUUUAAAAGGUUAUACUAGGCCUUUGAAACAGUUGAUUGACAAUACCUCUAUCCACCAAAUCUAAAUAAAAACUUUUAACAUUUU